UAUGUAGGAUAUUUACCAAUGUUUACAUCUGCCUUACUUAUCCUGUGUGGUAUAUGUAGUGUAAUAUGGAUUGAAAGUUGUCCAUUUUGCGGUGUUUAUAAGUGUUAUUUAUUCAGGGAAAAAAGGAUUUAAAAUGAGCGAAAAGGAACGCUUACUAGGACUAGGUCCUGAGGAAGCUCCAGAGUACGGGGCUUCGGAUUCUAGAGUAAACACCGCCCAUAGGACGAGUUACGACGUGAUAGGUAUCCCGAGGGGUCCGCCUAUACAAGUAGAGGAACUUACGUUUGAAAUAGCGCCUCAUCAAGUGCAUAUACCUACGUCACAAGCAGACACACACACUGGGUUCAGUUUUAGGAAGUUAUGGGCGUUCACUGGUCCUGGAUUUUUAAUGAGUAUAGCAUACCUGGAUCCUGGGAACAUAGAAUCAGAUCUACAAGCUGGGGCCAUAGCAAAAUACAAGUUGCUAUGGGUAUUGAUGGUAUCUACGAUUUUGGGACUGGUAUUGCAGUUGCUAGCGGCAAGACUGGGUUGCGUCACUGGAAUGAAUUUAGCCGAGGUAUGCCGACUAGAGUUUCCAAAAGUCCCUAGACUGGUAUUAUGGAUCAUGAUGGAGAUUGCUAUCAUUGGCAGUGAUAUUCAGGAAGUUGUUGGAUCAGCUAUUGCAAUAAAUCUCUUGUCGGCUGGAAAAGUACCUAUAUGGGCAGGAGUUUUGAUAACAGGGGCGGAUACUUUCACAUUCCUUUUCCUAGAAAAUUACGGAUUAAGAAAAUUGGAGGCGUUCUUUGGUGUUCUUAUAACCACGAUGGCCUUGACCUUUAUGUAUAUAUAUAUAACGGUUGUUCCAAACCAAGUGAGUAUAUUAGAAGGGUUAUUUAUACCAUGGUGUGAAGACUGCAAUAGAGACGAAAUUCAACAGCUAGUUGGAAUAGUAGGGGCUGUCAUCAUGCCGCAUAAUAUAUACCUUCACAGCGCCCUUGUUUUGUCAAGGGAGAUAGACAGGCGAGAUAAGACAGCUGUUAAAGAAGCAAACAUGUAUUAUUCAAUUGAAUCAGGUAUAGCUCUGUUUGUGUCUUUCCUUAUCAACUUAUUUGUGAUGGCAGUAUUCGCGGAAGCUUUUUCGGGACCGGAUUACUCGGAUGCCAGUCUCCGAAAAGCUGGAACCUGGCUGUAUGACAAAUAUGGUUUAACAAUGAAAGUUAUUUGGGGUAUAGGUAUACUUGCGGCCGGACAAAGCUCAACUAUGACGGGAACAUAUGCUGGCCAGUUUGUAAUGCAAGGUUUUGUGAACAUCCAGUGGCCGAAAUGGAGAAGAGUUUUGCUGACCCGAUCUAUAGCAAUGAUCCCAACGAUUGUCGUUGCUUUACUGGCAACAAAAUACCUUGACCUUAUGAACAAUUGGCUAAAUGUGUUACAAAGUGUACAGUUACCAUUUGCUCUGUUACCAAUACUGCACGCCACAAACAGCGAAAGAAUUAUGGGGGAUUUUAAGAAUGGAAAGAUAAUGAAAACUGUGGUAUGGGGCCUAGCUGGUCUUGUUAUGAUUAUUAACUUCUAUCUUGUUAUCCUAUUUGUUGGUAGCGGUGAUGCGUGGUAUAUUUAUUUCAUCACGGCUAUUGUGUUAUUCGUCUACAGUUGUUUUGUGUUUUAUAUUGCUGUAGGACCAAGCAGAGUUCUACAAAUAAAGUUGGCUAUAUUAUCAAGGAUCCAUAGUGAUACAACUCAUAUAGAGCAAGAAAUAGAGCAUCGUAAACAUCUAGAAUAUAUACCUAAAUGUAAUGUUGACAAUAAAGUAAACGAGCUAAUGGAGGGAGACAAUAUGGCGAUCAAUCAGGAAGCGGUGUCUCACUAAACUACACGCGAGUUUUUGUAACAGAUACUGAUGCAUUUGGUAGAUGUACAAAUACUUUGGAAGAAGCAUUUGUCAGUGAGGAAAAAAACAGUAUUUUGAUGUUGAAAACUCGAGUAGCUUAUUAAAUAUGAAACUUAUACUGUGAUAUGCAUUAGUUCCAGUUUUCAACUAUUUCGAAGUGUGUGAUAUUUGUUGAUAAAUUAAAUAACUAUGGAAUGCCGUGUGAAAGCAACACACUGCAAUACCAAAGGUUACCAAACGGUAAAAGUAAUAAGCAUGCCAUGACUAUUAAUUACAAACACACGAUGGGAAAGUAAUUUAUUAGUUUCUUUAUAUAUUGUGCAAUAUACAUUUAUAUUUGUAUAUUUGUUAUUCUAUUUAAUAUUGUGCCAUUGAAAUACUUUCUUUUAUACACGUUGAAAAUUGUUGAUAUUUAUAAUUGAUUUAUAGAAAUUAAACAAAUUAAUAAACACAUAUUAAUUA